AUGGCUUCUAUUAAUAACACUUCAACAUCUACUACUCAUGAAUCCAAACCUUCAAAUUUAAAUACAUCUUCGUCAUCCAACCUGGUUGAUACAACAUUAUUAGCGAAAGCUCGUAAAGCACAUUUCGAUGAUUUACCUAGUUUCUCGAGACACAAUCCGAAAGAUGCCGAACGUUUCUUACAACAUAAUCAAUUUCUUAUUCACGUUACUGAUGACUCUGGCGCUACUAAUGAGGGAACCUCGUCAACUGAUACCCUCCGUUAG